AAAUGAAGCAGCAGCCCACAUUCAAAAUGGAGGCCUAAGGAUGGUGAGUGACGAGAUGAAUGUGUGAGGUCCUCUAUACCCCUGUGAAGGACCUCGUUAACCCUGUGCCAUACGAGGCAACCUGGUUACCGCCCCCCUUGUCACUAACCACAGAUUCGUGAUACCAGAACUCUCGUUGAACAGAUACUCAACAAUUAUAAGCUAUUCAUGUAAUAAAGAAAAUAGUACUGAACAUUUUAUGAAGAAACAGGCUACCCCUGGAUGCAUUCCCAAAACAGGAUAGAAGUCAUAGGUGCAAAUGAUAAAAGUUUAUAUAGCAUGAAAAGAGCUGUAUAGAAUUAAUCUGCAGAAGUAAGAUGUAAUAAAAAAUAACGUACCUUAUAUGUGAUGCUAAUGCUCUCUAUAUUGAAUUUUAAAAUGCCUCAAGAUACAAUCAUGCCAAUGCAAGUAGCCAGAGAUGGCAUGAUAUUCAUUAUUAAUAUUCCUCAGAAGUAGUAUCUUCACUAGUGUGUUCACAGGGGUGACCUAAUACUUCUAAAUUUAUUGUUACUGCGUCACAGCCCCCUCCCGUCCCCCGCUCAUGAGAUUAAUUAACCUGCUGUGGACUCCAUUGUUGUACUCCCUCAUUACCACCACAAGCCCACGCUGAUUGACGUUUUUGCUUUGAGUGUUUCUUGCAGUGUUGUGUAUCACAUAACAGUAGCAGUAUUCUUUCUCUGCCCUGUGCUCAGUUUGAAAUCUGAAUAUGAAAGCAAGUGCUUCUGUUGUAGUGUUUAUUGCACUGGUAUUUUGAGGGCCAUAACAUCAGUAAUGCAUUUAUUAUAUAAUAAAUGCCUACCUAUAGCAGUUAAUGGAUUGUCAGUGGCCAUCGGACCAUAAGUGCUGUGCGAUAGUAUGAAAUGAACCGAGUAUUGCUGUGUGAAUCAUCCAUGACGGUGCUACUUGGAAGUGACUCUCGACUUGUUUGGUGUUCUACAUUGUGAUAAAACCCAAGUCUAGUCAAGGGCGGGGGACAAAACUGUGUUUGCCUGAACCUUUGUGACGCAUAUAUGUAACCAGUACGCUCAGUUUUACCUUUUUUACAUAUUUAACAAUAAUUGUCCAUUUAGAGUAUGACAGAGAGAAUGGCAUGAAACAGGGAUAUAAUCUGUGGUAAAAAGCCAUAUAUGCACAUGUUUAGAUAAGAAUAUGCAGUGUUAACUUCUCAUCCAUGUUUUGUAAUGCUUGGCUACAGGGGUACGUAGUGUUUACUGUAUUGAGUCUGCAGAUAUCCACCUUUGAUUAUCUCACAAACGAUAUUGGUCAUUAUACGAUUUUAAUGAUAACAGUCAUACAGGUACAUCCCUGAUAGUGCACAAACUGUUGCCAUCUCCCUGUCUACUCAUUUGCCACAGUGUUCCUAGGUGUUGCUUAAUUUCUGCAGCUUGCAAGACAGUAUGUAACCAGACCAGCAAUUUUGGAUCUUACUCAGGGCUACAAUAUGAUAUUUUGCAAAUGCAUUGAAGGAAAUUAAUUUUACUAAAAUCUAAAAUGAGGACAAAAUUGCUGGAAUUAUCACAUUAUCCAUAUAUAAAAUGUAAUGUAAGGAAUCUUGCUAGAUAAUACAGUACUUUAUUUGUAUAUUAAAUUCAGUCUUAGGAACAAGUUGGCAAAUUCUCAUUGCCAAUUCAUCAGUUUCUACUUAAAUCUUUUUCCAUUGUAAACAUUUCUUACGAAUUUAAGAUUAAAAUGUUGAAGUGUAAGUAUGUGUGCAUUGCUUCUUCAUAGUGUUAGAAUUGUGUGAAAGUGAGUAUUAUAUUACAAUAGAUAAUAAGUCGUUGCAGAACUGUUGUACUUUUAUGAUAAAUAUUGGCAAAUUUUUCAUGCAGGUGUUUGACAAUAGCUGUAACCCUCAAGUAAUCUGAGCACUGUUUUGGAAGUCUGAGGAAUUUUAACAGUUCCAAACUGAUUUAUGUUUUGGUUCUUCUAGGACGUAAGAAUAGAUGUUUAUGGCUUAGCAAAAGUCAUGGUAUGAUGCAUAAAGAUUGCUUUGAGACCAUGAGCCUACAUAACACCAGUUUCUAACUAUUUAUC